AUGGCGGAAACUAAGGACCAAGUUCAGCCCAAUGACUCCGUCUUAUUCAAAGCAAUAGCUUCCUAUAAUUCCUCAGAGAGUAUUGAGCUUUUGAGACUGUGUGAUCACAAAACGGAACAUUUCUCCAACCACUCCCUAAACUGGGCUGUUUUUGAGGCUUGUAAUAAAGGCCACGCCGAAUUUCUCCAGUUCCUUCUGGAAGAUGGCUCGCGACUGGAACUUAGAGACGACAACGGAAACACUCCUCUUUUGAUUUGCUCCGCGAAAGGAUUUUUACGAAUUGUGGGAAGACUCUUGAGGCUGGGGGCUGACGUCAAUGCUAAAAAUAACAACGGUGAUACUGCUCUGAUGGUUGCUACGUCAAGGAGAGUAAUUCAGUGUUUACUACAAGACAGCCGUAUACAUCUAGAUGAACGAAACUCGACUGGGAACACUGCUUUAAUGUCAGCCAUUGAGACAUAUCAUCUCAAGAAGGUCAAAUUGCUGAUCAGUGCUGGAGCUAACCCAAACCAAACAGCCGAUUAA